CGAGCCGGGGGGCGGCGGAGCGGCCUCCUGCGGGCUGCUGAGGGGGCUCUCCCCCGGGAGGGGGCCCCCGCGGGUGCGGCGGGCGGGCGGCGGGGUCCCCCCCGGGGGCUGAGGGGCGGCUGAGGCGGCGGCGGCGGCGGCUGAGGGGCUGAGGCGGUUCUCCCUCCCCCCGGCCCGGGCGAGGGUCGGGCGGGCGGGCGGGCGAUGAAUGGUUUCAGCACCGAGGAGGACAGCCGGGAUGGGCCUCCCGCCGCCCCCUUCUACGGCCAGAGCUGCUGCCUCAUCGACGACGGGGACCGCUGCGUGCGCCCCGCCGGCAACGCGUCCUUCAGCAAGAGGAUCCAGAAGAGCAUCUCGCAGAAGAAGCUCAAGCUGGACAUCGAUAAAAGCGUGAGACAUCUGUAUAUAUGUGAUUUUCACAAGAACUUUAUUCAAAGCGUCCGAAACAAAAGAAAAAGGAAGACCAGUGAUGAUGGAGGUGACUCUCCUGAGCAUGACACAGAUGUCCCAGAGGUCGAUUUGUUCCAGCUCCAAGUGAAUACUCUGCGACGUUACAAGAGACAUUAUAAGCUGCAGACAAGGCCUGGACUCAACAAGGCUCAGCUAGCAGAAACUGUCAGUCGUCACUUCAGGAAUAUUCCUGUGAAUGAGAAAGAGACGCUUGCAUAUUUCAUCUAUAUGGUAAAGAACAACAAGAGCAGGCUGGACCAGAAAUCAGAAAGUAGCAAGCAACUAGAAUGAAGAUUCACAAGAGACUCGGAAUAAGAGGGAUCUUGAAGGAACAGAUGGUAUUGUGCAUUUUAGGUAUAUAAAAACUGUUCAAGUAUAUUGUAAAUUUUUUUAAAACGCAGUAAGUCUGGAUGACAGGAAAGUAUAGACAUUUUUAUCAGGAAUAUAUGAAAACAUGUGCACAGCAUGUUUCUGAAGACUUCUCUUCCCCUCAUUUAAAAGUCGCAUUGGAAUCAAGAAAUGAGGAUAAUGAGGAAACAAAGUAAACUUGUAGGACUGCAGAGUCUGCCAACUCAGUGUUUUAAAACAUUUCUGGAAAUCUGCAUCUCAGUGUAAUUUAGAUCACAGAUGGAUUUUUUUUUCACUGAAUUUAGACUGCAUCACAAAACACCAUGCAGUUUGUCUUGGCACAGGACUGGAAUAGCAGCAGAGAUGAAAUUCAUUAUCGAGGUGCGUGGGUCAGAAGUUUGUCUGAAGCUUGCUCCCCACCUACACGUGCUCAGUCUUGCCUUGAGUCAGUGCUUCAAGUCUCAAACUUCUACGAAUGCUCCAGCUCACCAAAUGUACUCCAGUGAACGCUACUUGACGAGUCUGAAAUUUUAUUUUUCUCACCUUGUUUCACCCGACAUGGAAGCCAAACAACUUUCUACACUCUCUUUUUUUCUAAGUUCUUGUAUUUAAGAACUCACAACUUAAUUGUCUGUAAGCAUUUAAGAACUUCUGCAGUUGCUCAGAAUGUGGUAUCAAGGCAAAUACAGCUUAUUUGCUGGGUUUGAUUGCGUUGGUAGAAAUGCUCAUUUAAUUCACUUGUAUGUGGUUCCCUUGUAUUCAAGGCUGGGUGAUGAGAGGUGAAAGAAUGGGUUCAACAUCUGUCUCUUAAUCUCUGUGCCACGUCAGGUGUCAGUCACAGGCGAUGUGAAUUUUACACUGAAGCUAGUCUUUAGCAGGUGUCACAAAACUGCUGUGUGGAUUAAUAGGCUUGGCAGUCUGCAGCGUAAAGACAAGCUAACGGGUGUAGUGCCAUAACCAGGGUAGCAAACUGGCUGGAGCACGGUGCAUUUCAUCUGCCUUCACAAGCAAACAAAGCAUCCUGAGUAUUGGAGCACUUGCCUGUUGUGAGCAUUACGUGCGCUUUCUGAGAGUUCUCUGGAGCAGAGGGUGGCAUGCUGGUGCUCGCUAACUGGGCACUGUAGGAAGAAAUCUCUCUGAUUCUGUUAUUUAAGGCCAAGGUGUCCUUACAAAUAACACAGUAGUAAUUUUGGCAAAAGGAGCUUGUGAAAGUGUUGCUCGUGACUGUCUGUUCUCCUGUGACCUCAAAUUCUACUCAAGGGGAUCUCACGAUUUAAAGCACCGCUCUGUUUCCAUGCUGUCCUAACCAACGUCUCCGCUCUGUCAAAAGAUGCCAAGACUCCACGUAGAGAGUGUAUUCUCAACAAGCCUUAAGCAAUGAACUGAACAGUAAAAAAAAAACAUUGGCUAGCAUUUUGCCAAUGGCAGGUUUUAAUAUUCCCAAACUGGAUGAAGCUUUGUUGAAGAACGGAACACACAGGUCACAAUCCCAGCUUCGUACUGCAUCACGUGUUUUGUAGGGCGUGAAGGGUUCACACAGUGAAGCUCUUGCUGAAGCUCUCCCAGGGUCUCUUUAAAAAUCACGUCAAUUUAAAGCAAGCUGUUCACAUCAGCUUUGAAUUGUGUGCUAAUACUCUAUCAACAAGUUAAAUGAACUUCAGUGUGUUAAAGUCCUGUGUCAUAGGCACAAUAAUCUGUUAUGGUACAUGCCCCAUUUGUGAAGUUUUGGAGAGUGUGAUGGUUUCAGCAUUUCCUUGUUUGUUUCCAUAUGGAUUUUAAGAACAUUGGACACGAGAGAGGCUCACGGAAUGAGGAGAGGACGUCUUGCAUUGGUAGUUCAUGAAUGUUUAAAACUUUCCUAAUUAUCCCGGUCCUUUCGUUACUGAAAGGGUGGAACAAUUCCCACAUCAGUCAACAUGAUCUGGCUUCUCUCAUUCAAGACAGAUAGGCAAAGUGGUACGUUCUCUGACUGCAUGUUAAUAUUCCAAGUGCUCAUGUAAUCAGAGGAUAUCACCAAGGGAAAACGAGUUUCUGAGUUGAGAGUUGUGCCUCAUCGUAACUUCUAGACCAAAACUGUAAAAAAAUGUAGUUUGGGGGUUUCUUUUUUGUUGUUGUAUUUGUUUUUUGAUUUUUUUUUUGUCAUUUGAUUUUAUUUCUAAAAGUAAAUAAAUCUGUUGGGGGUGUUUUAGCAGCCAGCAGCAAAAUGAUUCUUUUCAAGGAAAUAUGGUGGCAGGUUCCAUCUGUUCAGGUGUAUUCACUGGAAUGCUUUGUGCAGAGGUGGUAUCCAGGAAACUUUUUUUUUUUUCUGAAAAUAAUCAAUGGAUGUAAAAUGUGAUUCUUGGUUUCUCUCUUAAAGCAAUUAUACUUCUUGGGAAAAAUUCUUAGUGAAGUGUGAUGAUGAAGAGAUGUUUACCAGCCAUUAGCAGUUGUUUAUAAGGUGGAAAGCUUCGGGGCAGGAUACCAAAGAAACAGAAGAGUCUUUGGCUGUCAGACCCCAUAGCCUUAUAAACCCUUGCAAAUGCCUUAUUACCUUGUUCUCAACUUAGCCACAGCAAAACGCCUUGAGCAAAAGAAAGCCGAUGUCUCGCUGGAAGGGUUAGCCACUUUCUGGCUGCCGUGCUAUAAACUGAAAUCACGUGUCAAUUCAGUAGCAAUAUCCAUGUUCAGGGUGCCUGUGAUUCUUGAAAAGCAUUUAGUGUCUAAUAACCAGAAAACGCAACAAUGCAAUUGUCAUUCUGUAUAAUACCGUUCUGUGUAUUUGAUUCCUUAUGCUGCAUGCCAAUUAAAAAAAGACUUUCCAACUUUUUUUUUUAAACUUCAAAGUAAAUGUGUUUGAACCUCACACUUGUGAAGCCAUGAGGUAGGACAUUUUCUCAGCACUUUUAGAUGGGACUCGUUGGAAAGGUGGAAGACCCAAAUUGCUUUGGCUGGUGUGAUAAGUUGUUGGAUUUUUUUCCCUUCUUUUUCCAUUUUGCUUUUCACAGAUGGGCCUUAAAUUCUGUCUAGCUUUGAACCAUGGAGCUCAAGCCUUGGGGCAUGGGGGAUGGCCACGUCAUCUUCCAUUUAUAAUAGUGGAAGCUUCUAUCUUCCAAGCCUGCAUAGGUGACAUUCACCCCGGGGCGAAGAAUCGUCUUUGAAGCCCUCGAGCCAUUACAUAGCCAAACCCAAUUACAUAGACUAAUUCAAUUCUCAUUGAAGAGUUACAUCAACUUCAGUAGACCUCUGACCAGAUCCAAAGCCAUUAGUAGGAAAUCCAAAUAAUGCAGAAACAUCUCUACCAGAGUUAAUUUCAUCCUGUGUACUGACCCUCUGCUCACUUUAAGGGAAGAAGAAGAAAUCAUUGUUGGUAGUUAAUGGCUAGAGCUCAACUUGAGGGAGCUUGAAGCAUGUGAAGACCGGAGUAAGCAGCAAUCUGAUGGCUGAAAAAUGCAAAUAUAUCCAAGGAGGCUGUGUUAGAAUGCAGUUUCACAAAAAACUGCAUCACAACGAAUAUCGUAUAUCAACCUGGAGUAAACAAUUGCAUCAAAAGCUAAUGUUUCUUUUGACGGGCACUUUAGAUGUUCAGACUGAGAAAAGCAGGAGGGGCAGGUUUGUGCUGCCUGUCCCCAGUACUGUGGUAUCCCAGUUUUCCUUAGAAAUCUGGCUGUAAAGCAGUAGAUACUGUGGUGUGCGAAACUUGACCUAAACACAUUAAGUCUGGCAUUUAAAGUUAGUCUGAAGUGCAAGCUGGCUUUGGAGAGGCUUUGAAAUGAAGAGCAGAAAUAAUCUGCAGUAAGUGCGUUUUUUCAAGUGGGUCAUGAUGGUGGAGAGACGAAGAAACGGGACACGUGCGGCCUACGGAAAGACUGAGCAAAACAGCCUUCCACCGUUAGCAACACGCGGGAAGGCUUGUUCUGUGUCGACUCUCGUAAUGGAUGUUUUAUGAGACGGGAAGAAGGGGGGAGCUGUGCACUUUACGUCUUUUGGUUGAGCCAAAUGUAAAUACCAAUGGGAGAUCUUCAGCAGUAACUGCAGUUGGAGGGGAGAGGAAUGGUCUGCUGGGGGACUGUUUAUUUACACUGGCAGAUCGUUAUACUUCCCGAGAGCACUAGCGUCACUUUGCCUCUACACUUUAACAGAGUGGGUAACACGAGGUGGUCUCCCUUCCAAAAGGAGUCCUUGCACUGCCCGCAGCACUGACUGAAGAGUCCCAAAGGCGAAGGAAUGUUUUUGAUGCCUCACUCCUCUUGUCACUGACGCCCUUGAGCCACCUCUAGCUUACCAAGUUAGGGGAGGUCUCAUUUUCCCCUUCCAAAGCGCAAAUGAACUGUUACAACGGGAGGUACUCCUCACACUUCUCACAGCUAUCCCUGCUCUCGCGUUUUUGACUUGCCUGCGAACACAUCUGUUUGGAAUGAAUUAAUGGUUGAAGAAAGAGCGGGGAGAGAAGGGGGGCUCCUGCCUUAAACUUGAACUUCCCUUGCGAGCAGCUCCGCAGGCCGUCCUGUGCAUCAGCAGGCUUUGGGAUCUCCUGCUGUGCCCCGACGGGGCUGGGAGCGCUCCUGUCCCAGGCACAGCUCUCUGCUCCACGGCCGCGGUGCAGGGGAGGUAACUCGCAGGUAACUCGCAGAACGGCUUGGAGUCUCUGAAUGGGCUUACUGGGAGAGAAAAACUGUGUUCCCUCUUCUGUUUCUGGCCUCCAUGUGUUGUGCUGAUCUUAUGCCAAAUGUUUUGGACACCUUGUAUUUUUAACUGUAAGAUAGCUGUGUAUUGUUAAAGCAACUCAGUAACUUAUAGCAAAACUGUAGAACUAAUUUCUCUGAGGUGUAGGAAAUGUCCUGCUUCCACUGUGUAUGAGACUUUAACUCUGUACUGUCUGACAAAGAUCAAAUGCUGAAUUUCACUUUAAUAAAUGAUCUAUCUAGCAACA